CUGGAGCCAACCAGUUACAAUUUAUCAUCCAACAGACCGUUACAAUGAGCAACAACAGAAUGGGGCUUUGGGUUUAUUUAGCCAGUGCAUUAGUGUUGGGUACUGUGAGUUGCCUCGAUAAUGGCUUAGCCAGAACACCGCCAAUGGGAUGGAUGACCUGGGAAAGAUUCCGAUGCAUAACCGACUGCAAGAAGUAUCCCGAUGAGUGUAUCAGUGAACAGUUGAUCAAACGAACGGCCGAUCUCAUGGUAUCGGAGGGUUAUUUGGCCGCCGGUUAUGACUAUAUCAAUAUUGACGAUUGCUGGUCAACGCAUGCCCGUGAUUCAGAGGGCAGACUAGUGCCGGAUCCAGACCGUUUCCCGAGUGGGAUGAAGAAUUUGUCAGAUUAUGUGCACGAAAAAGGACUGAAGUUUGGAUUAUACCAAGAUAUCGGGACCAACACCUGCAUGGGUUAUCCGGGUAUGAAGGAUCACCUCGAGAUUGAUGCGCAAACAUUCGCUGAUUGGGGAGUAGAUUUCAUUAAAAUAGAUGGAUGCUACGCAGAUGCAAUACAAAUGGUUGACGAUUACAUCAUUUUUGGAGAUCUUAUGAACAAAACUGGCCGACCAAUCCUGUACUCGUGCAGCUGGCCAGCAUAUCAGGAAGAAAAGGAUGUCAUACCCGACUACGAAACGUUGAAGAAAACUUGCAAUAUGUGGCGCAACUGGGGCGAUAUCGAAGAUUCCCAUAGCUCGGUGGAAACGAUCACUGCAUACUUUUCUGACAAUCAGGAUCGCAUUCAACCUCACUCAGGUCCGGGACACUGGAAUGAUCCAGACACGCUUAUUCUAGGAAACUACGGUCUCAGUUAUGAGCAGAGUAAAUCUCAACUAGCAGUUUGGACAUGUUUGGCUGCUCCUUUGCUCUUAUCUAACGAUUUGGCAACCGUAACACCGGAUGUUAGAGAACUUCUGCUAAACAGUGAAAUCAUUGCUGUCAAUCAGGACCCGCUUGGCAUCCAAGGUUUGAUGAUCAAAACGGAUAAGAGAAUUGAGGUGAGUUAUUAAAUCAAUAUAAGAACUUCUUAGAAAAGUGAUUCAUUCAACAAUCUAAAAAAAAACUAACUGGGGAAAAACAGUGUCAUGGGUGGCCAACAUUUUCAGCCGGCGGGCUAAAUACUAGAAAUUUUUUGUUCGCAUUUUUUUUUUCAUUUUUUAUAAAUAUGUUUUUUUAUUUUUCUUCUUUUAUUACCAACAUGGUCAAAACUUGUAUGCAUCCUUCAAAAUGAAGAACUUGCGUACGUCAUUUUUCUUUCCAAUAUAACAUAGAACAUGCAUUGCAGAUAUUUAAAUGGCCAGACCAGCCAUGUGUUGUAAAACGCAAAAAAGCAUGAACUUGGAAUGAAUGAAGCGUGAUGUUUCCUGCCAAACGCUUAAAAAGAUUAUAUUUUAUGUUUAUAAAUUUAACAACAUAAAAAAAGGAAAAAUUCCCUUUAAUUAAACCAUUAAAGAGAAUCUUUCGAUUGCUUUGAUUCAGUAGAAUUAUUCAACGAAGUAGGCUCACAACACAUAAUAGAGAGAAAAAAAAUGGCUUGAUCUCACACGAAACUUCCAAUGUUUGACGUUAAUUGAAAUGUGUUGGCAUCGUCAACCUUUUUUGCAGCCAACAGGAAUUUGUAUGAUGUUUUUUUUUUUUGCAAAUAUAGUUUAUCACAACAUUCAUCACUUUUAAACUUUUUCAGUUCUUCUCAGUUUUCAGUAAAUAUUUGAAAACUUUCACUGAACAUUUAGAAUUUUGUAGAAUAUCAUGGGGAAUGGCUGUCAAACACGCCUUCAAGCAAACGAUGCUUACUUUGAUCCUCUAUUAUAAUAAUUUGUUUGAAACGUGUUUUUUAAAUCAGAAUUAUAAAUCAUAUUUCAAAGCUGUUAAAAUAUUCUAGAAUUCAAAAGAAAUUUACUCAUAGUUAUUUCUUUCUUCACAAAAAAUUAUUUUUUUAUGAAAAAACAAACUUUUUUGUUAAAAAAAAGAAAUGAUUUGAAGAUUUGGAAAUCUAACACUUUUUUAACCUCCAGAAAUCACACACAUCUUCCAGCACUCAAUAAAUAAUGUUUGGUAGAAAUUUUCAAAAUCCAAUGGGAAUAAAUUACAGGGUUGCUAGCGAACCGGGAAAACCGGGAAAAACUUUGGAAUUUCAUCGUGCCACCGGGAAACCGGGAAAAAACCGGGAAUUUCGGCACCUCACCGGGAAAAUUGCCAUGUUUGAAAUUUUUAACGGAAUUUCAAAAAUUAUUUCUAAAUUUAAGAGUAGUUUUUGGCAAUCACGAUACACGAUAUAGAUUUAUGUCAUAAACACUUAUUUUCGUUUAUUAUUAAACAAUAAAGUUUGAAUCGCGUUUUUAUCUAAUUGUGAAGCAAUAUGAUAUAAUAACUCAAAUGCUACAAAAUUGAAUAAUUAAACUAUUAUCGACAAAACUAAAUACAAAACUAACUACAGUCGAACCUAGACAAGUGAAAGUCAAAGGACUGAACUUUUUUUCUCGCUCAAAGAGGUUUCUAACACCAGGUGCUCUAUAAUAGACGGUCAACAACAUACAAAUGCAACUAAACAAUGUGUAUUUGAUAAAAGUCCACUGAUUUAUAAGAAACCAGUUGAAGCAGCAGUUCGAAGUUUUCUUGAGUGAAUUUCAAUAUGGAACUAUGGAUAUUUUUUCAUUGAUAAUAAUUUUGGUACCAAAACUUCAAUACAAAAGUGGUAUUUUUUUCUAAUUUCCUUAGUUCGGAAUGAUUCAGUGUUCGAUGUACAUAUUUCAUAAAAUUAUUUUAUGCAAAUAGCAAAUAAUUUGGCAGUUUGAGACGUUUUAAAGCAUAGUUACACCUCUUUUUCGCCAGAAACAGAUAUUUUAUUGUAUAUUUCGUUUGAAUUGGCCUGAGGAACGAAGCAUUAUGUCGCAAGUAUUUAGUUUUUAAUUCUUCCUACGUAAAACUUUUGCUUAACGUUUCCUACGCUGAAAUAUAUGUCUUAUGUAAAAAUUGUAUCGAAAACAAGCUCUUGUCGAAUCUAAGGUUGCUACCCUGAUACAAAAUAAAAUCUUAGAUUCUUACAAACAAACAAAAGGUUAAGUUCAAAAAAUGUGUACGCAAAGCGUCACAUUUAAACGCAUGGGAAUCCAUGUAUAUCACCACAUCGGAAAGGCCACUUAUGAGCGAGGUUGACGCUCCAAUCAUAUCACCGCUUUUCAACCUGCUCAAACCAAAUUCUCAACAACCCUUCGACGAAUACUAUUGGAUAGUAUGAACAUGUAUUAGUGAUUUUCCUUUAUCUAGUCAGUCGGACAUCGUCCUGUAGAUGGGCAACAUCGAGCCCAAAACCUGUCGACAAAAAAAGGAAAUUUAAUUCCUUUUUUCCGUUACUAAAAACAUGAAGUGUCGUGUCCUGAAUACGUCGUGUGUUAUUUGUGCAAGCAACAAAUCUUACAAACAGUUAGAAGUUAGAGGCUUUUCGCAUAGAUUUUUUUUAUUCAGCAUGAUUUUAUAUUAAAAAAAUUCGAAUAAUAAAUAGGAAAAUCAUCAUUUAUAACCGGGAAAAAACCUGGGAAUAACCGGGAAAAACUUUGGAAUUUCAAAACGAAAAAUCGCUAGCAACCCUGAAAUUAACAAUUUUAAAAAUUACGCAUUUUUCAACUUUGAUGAGCCAUGACAUUAGAUUCAAAUAACGACUUGAAACUUAUUUUGUUGUGUUAUUCAAAUUAAAAUAAAAUUGUUUUUCUGAAUCAGUAUUUGCUAUAUUAAUU